GGGGACUCGCAGCAGCGGGCAGACUCACAGUGUGCCGCUGCCAGGGCGCCUGCCUGCCUGCCUGCCGUGUCCGCCGCCCGCCCCUCCACGCAGCAGCAGGUCGUCCCAGUUCUCAACGACGACACACUUUGGACCAGCGAUCGCGGUUCUCGACGAGCAGACAACCCACCCUGCCCAGCAUCCCCUCCGGCGCCACUGCUUCGCCCGAUCAAGCUUUGGCCUGUGCCCCUCGACGACCUCGACGACCUCGACAUCCUCGUGGACCAUCCCGGCACUUUUCCUCACCACCACGGACCACCGUCUUCCCCACUACGAGAUUCAAGCGACUGUUCACAGUCUCCUCUCCAGCACCGCAAUCAUGGCUGCCGCCGACACAGAGUCGUUCCUCCACCUCUCGAGGCCUCUUGCGCCCACCGCCCUCAACUACCAGAGCACCAUUGCCCCUCUCGCCGUCAAUGUCCAGCCCCAGGCCAUCCUCUCCAUCCUCGACCAUGCCGUCCGCCGCGACCAGCCCGCCACACCCUCGACGUCGUCCCGCGUAAUAGGCGCCCUCGUGGGCAGCCGCUCCGAGGAUGGCAGCGAUGUCUCCGUCACGUCGGCCUUUGCCAUCCCCCACACCGAGAACGAGGACCAGGUCGAGGUCGACGUCGAGUACCAGAAGAACAUGCUCGCCCUCCACCUCAAGGCCAACCCCCGCGACGCCCUGCUCGGCUGGUACACAACCUCGCACGAGCUCAACAGCUUCAGCGCUCUCAUCCAGAACUUCUUCGCGUCCCCAGAGACCGGCACCUACCCGCACCCGGCGGUCCACCUGACCGUGUCCACCGACCCCGGUGCCGACGUCCAGCUCAAGGCCUACAUCAGCGCCCCUGUCGCCGUCAACGCCGAGCGCGCUGCUGAGAGCUGCUUGUUCAUCCAGGUCCCUCACAAGGUCGCCUACAACGACGCCGAGAGGAACGCCCUCGACCUGCUGUCGUCCGCCAAGGACGCCGAGGACCGCUCCGCGCCCAUCAUCACCGAUGUCGAGAGCCUCACCCGCAGCAUGGAGAGCACGCUCGACCUCCUCGAGCGCGUCUCCACCUACGUCUCUGACAUUGUCGACGAGGAGGAGGACGGAAACAACGCCCUUGGCCAGUACCUCAUGGGCGCUCUCUCGCUCGCGCCAAAGGUCGACCCCCUCAGCAUCGAGGCCGACUUCAACAACCACAUCCAGGACGUCCUCAUGGUCAGCUACCUGGCCAACAGCAUCCGCACCCAGAUCGACCUCAGCCAGAGGCUAGCGACCGCUGUCCUGGCCACCGGCGAGGCCACAGACAAGGACGGCGAGAAGGGCGGCGAGAGGGGCGAGCGUGGUGAGCGGGGAGGCCGUGGAGGCAAGCGCGGCGGUCGCGGAGGCGGUCGUGGUGGCCGGGAACAACGCGAGCCUCGCGAGCCCCGGGAACCUACCGAGUAAACUUCGCAUGAGGAUAUGACCAGCAGCUGCAAAAUGGGAAAUAACACACACACACACAAUUGGAGUCAAUUCUUUCGGGAAAAGAGAAAAGAAAUUCAUUUUGCAAUCUUAUUACCCACCUCCCUUCCCCAAACUUCUUUUUUUCUUCACAACGGGUUCUCCAUGAUGAAUUUCUUAUUCUCUCUUCCCACGACCACCACCAAAAAGUCCGAGUCUUGUACAUGCAUAGACUACGCAAUACAGCGACGGGGAGCCUGUCCUUUGGAGUAUGUGGGCUGUCUGUCUGCCCCUUGGCGGGGGUUCAUAGAAACUGAGAUGAAAAGAGGCAAGAGAGGCGAACAAAAGCAGAACCAAAAAAAAUGAAGUAAAAUGAUUCA